UAGCGGACCAUGGGGAGCAGGGGAAAACUUUUUAUACUGACAUGUUAGCGCAAUGACUUUUUGAGUAACAUCUAACUGGGACGAGGCUCCCGGCGUGAGGAGGACAGGGCCCUUUACGGGAAGAAAAAAGGAGCACUUGCCAUCUGCCGGGGAAACGGGAACGAAAAGCAAGACUGCAAAAGAGUUGAGACCAGUCCAAGAAUCAGCGGUGGAAAAUCAAGUUUAGCCAUUUGAAUUGAAAGAUGAGCUUAUUGUCUGCCAUAGACACGAGUGCCUCCGUGUACCAGCCUGCGCAACUUCUCAACUGGGUCUAUCUUUCCUUACAAGACCCCCACCAGACCAGCGCCUUUGACGCAUUCAGACCCGAACCCAACUCUUCCCACCCGGAUCUCAGUUUCAACAAGACUCCCGCAGCGGCGGAAUUGAGCUCUUCCCUGAACUCCAACUAUCUCAACAACUUCUUUCAGCUGCAGCGAAAUGAGGCCUUAAACAACAACGUGUAUAAGAAUGUGUCACCCUAUGGCUCCCUGAACAACAUCGUGGAUGGACUCAACUCCCUGACGGACCAUUUCUCAGACCUUUCCCUUUCUUCAGAGCCAAGGAAACCAAACAAAAGACCCCCACCCAACUACUUAUGCCACCUGUGCUUCAACAAGGGCCAUUACAUCAAAGACUGCCCUCAGGCCAGACCCAAAGGGGAAGGUCUGACACCCUACCAGGGGAAGAAGAGAUGCUUCGGAGAGUACAAGUGCCCCAAGUGUAAGAGGAAGUGGAUGAGUGGCAACUCCUGGGCCAACAUGGGACAAGAAUGUAUCAAAUGCCACAUCAACGUCUAUCCACACAAACAGCGCCCUUUAGAGAAGCCGGAUGGCCUGGAUGUUUCUGACCAGAGUAAGGAGCACCCACAACACCUGUGCGAAAAAUGUAAAGUCCUGGGCUACUACUGCCGCCGUGUGCAAUAAUCAUCUUAAUUCAGAGUCAGAGAGCAACAAGUCCUAUUGCUCAUCCUCCAUCAAGGCUGUUAACUUCCUCCCUUCACAUCCAGGUUCCCCUCAUCCCUGCUCUGCACACAACAUGGCGUCCGUUCCUCCUCACGUCUACCCAUCCUCCCAGAAGCCUCAAAUAUAGACAGUCGCUCUAAUCCUUUCUGUCCCUCUUCUCAACCACCUCUGGAACACAGAUUAUUUUAAUCAUCAUGCUUUUUUUUUUUUUUUUUCCAAUUGAAGACUACACCCAGGAACGAGAGGAACAUGUUAACGUAAGAUCAAUCUCUCAAAGUGCUCUUCAUCAAAGCAAACACUAGUCAAAAUCAGUGAUUUUGUUGUGUGCCUCAUAAGCCCAUUGAUCCAACUCGAUGUUUAACAACAGCUAAAAGUGUUUUGAUGAAUCGGCAUGUAUUUUUAAGGGUGUCACUGACAGUAUCGGUCUCAAUAGAUUACCUCACCUUGGGGUUUUGUUGGCUUUGUGUUUACAGAGAUCUGCCUUCCGUUUCCCUGCCAAGUCAAGCGUGUGGUAAUGUGACAAACGUUUAAUCCGGGCCUCUCAUGAUGGUAUAAUGUAUUCGAGGCCUUUGAUGUCUUGCCGUAUUAGGGUCAACAGCACAUCUUAUUAACUGUGAAUUAACUGAGGGACAAUGUGCCAUACAUCCCGAGCUUACAUUUGGCCUAUUUAUUUUCUUGUUAUCUAGCGUGCAAUUAGAAUUUUAACUGGGACAUAAAGAAAUGUGUUUUUGUAUGUUUGUAUAUCACAUUAUUGUGUAACUGCUUCCACGUGUCUUUCGAAACUACUGUAGGUUCAGUCGCUCCUCGUCUAGAUUUAGUGCGUUGCUAUUAGAUAAGGUUUCAUUCGCUCUCCCUAGAGUAUUUUUGUUGCCACACAAAUGCUCAGUUACCUGUAGGUGUUAGCGAUGGGUAUAGAUGUUAAAUAAAUUGUGUUACUUUGAAAUUAAGGAGCUGUCGGAGAACAACACUAGUUUUAUUAACAAUAAUCUUGCCGUCCACAGUUUCUUGCCAUUCAAUUUUUCAGAGCACUUGAAAAAAAAUUAACUGCUUGCCACAAUUUGAUUAACAUUAUGAAAUAUGAUUUUAGAGAUUGAACGUCACAUGUAAAACCUGAUUUAGAUUUGAACCCCAAAUGAAAGUACAAAUGAUGUUGGUUUGAAAGAUUCAGAAAGACAUGCGAGUUCACAUGUAAGUGCCAGUUGAUGCCUGGCAGCCUUAGUGGAGUCAAUUAAGCUGAAUGGAAACGUUUCCAAGAUCUUGCUCCCUUAAAAACUAUGUCCAACAGCUGAUUGUCGUGUAAAGAGUGUCUAGAGGGAGGUGAUGUUUUUGGGGUGAACUGCAAGUUUCAGGUCGCUUGAAGAUAUUAACAAGAGUUAAUCUAGGAAGGCUGAUUUGUGAUGUGGUGAUGCUGAAGAUUCAAGGAUAUAUUGAAAGUGAUGAUGAAUUAAGUUUACACAUUUUUUUUUUAUGAAUAUAAGUGCCUACUAUUAUGAACCAAUGUCUUUAAAGGAAGAGAAGUACACAUCCUGUUUACAUAUAUCCUUGUGCAGACCUAAAGCACUACAGAGGAAAUUCAUGUAGUUUUGACUUAUAGAAAACCUGCCUUUUCAAGGAACCUUGUUAUAGGAAUGUGAACUAUUUUAUAUGUACUGUAGGUCUAGCCUUGUAGAAGCUGGUUGAUUAUAUUUUAUACUGUAACAUACUGUAUGUGCCUUAAAAAAAGAUUAUAAUCAUUCUGAAGUAUCAGGACUAUUGGAGGCCAUUUGAAAUUAGGAAAAGACAUGUUGGGAUAGGCUCAGAGAUGGGGCAGUAUACGUGCACGUGGUAACUGUGAUAAGUAAGUUUAAUGCAGGUUCAAAAUGUGACAAAGGACAAGAAAAUUAUACAGUUCCUCUAAUUGUUUGAACUGGCAUGGUGGGUGUUCGCUUCAACAAAGUUUGCUGAGUUGGAGGCAUGGGCUGAAACAGCGUUUCCAGCUGGCAAUAACAAAUCCUACUGUGGUCUGUUGUCAUGGAAUAUCCACAAAGAUGUUAUUUCUUAGUCGAUCCUCACAACAGAACGCAUGAAACUGUGGACCUCACACUUUUUUUUGUUUUUUUAAUCUAUUGUAGUUAUGUUUAUCCAAGGAAUUUGAUUUUAUCAAAAAAAUAUACACUCGCCUUAGUGGGAGUUUGCAUUGGCUGAUUAUGAUACCUUACAGUUUGGGGGGAUUUAGUUUUGGGAAAUUCCAUCUGUAAAGGCAAAGGGGCACUCCAAUUAAGUUACACAAAGUUGGAAGGCUUGCAAGAGACACUAAAGAAUAGUUGAAAUCAAUGCAGAGGAUAUCCAAACUUAUAAUCACUCGUGUGGCUCAAACGCUAGAUCCUACCAUUCCCAUAAUGCAAUAGCAUCUUUCAUUAGACUCCCCCUGCCUGUUAAUGCCCACAUCUCUAAAACUCCCAGUUCCACACCCGCAGUUUGUAACCCAGGCCUUUUGUUAAAAAUGCUUCUCCAAGCCCAAACUGAGGCACCGCGAUGACAUCAUUCUCAGACUUGACAAAGCUCCUCCAGAGCUACAGAAGACAUUAUAGUCCGAGGAAUGCUCCCGAUGACGAGUAAAUUAAGUAAGUAAAAUUGGUGGAGUGCCUCUUUAAGAUAAGGAAUUUAGAGACCUAAUCUGAAUGAAAGAUUCUCCUCUCAGUCGGGAACAAUCCAUUUUUCUUACUGUUAACAUCGUCUUUCUUUUGCUCUGUGUGACGACACUAACCUGAACCUUAUUGUCCACAUCAUACCAUGUGGCUGUAGUGGGAGGAAUAGAUACCAAUGAUGCCUUAUGAACUAACCUCAUAAACAAGUAAUGUUAUAUAUGUGAUUCAUUAUUCUGCCAGAAUAAUGAGAAACCGUGUUAGAGAGUUCGAUUCCGCCCGGAGACAUGUUAUGAGGAGGCCAUUUUAAAUGGCAAAUCAAGAGCCAAUGGAAGCAGUUGAUACAAAACAUUUGAAAAAAGAAAGAAAGAAAUCUCUGCUUUCAGAAGUAAUGUCUUGAAUUUCAUAUACUUGACUUUUAUAGUACCUUUUUCAGUUCAAAUUUGUUAUUUUCUAUGAAUGAGAUGUGUAUUUUGGAACACUUAAUAGAUGUUGAAAUUUUUUUUAAGCAAUCUGCUAAAACGCAAGAGUUAUUUCCCUGACAAAGAUAGACUGUUUUAUGUAUAUAUUUGAUGGCCAUCAUUAUCAAGGAUAGUAGCUCUUUAAAAGUGUUAUGCAAUAUUGAAGCUUUUUUUUGUGUGAAGAAGGGCCUAUUGCUGAGAAAUAAACAAAGCUGGGAGUUUUUCUUUUCUUUAUGUUUUACAAUAAUCUGAGGGCUUAUCCUGCAGAAAUAUUUAUGGAAAGAUUUUUUACAACACUUUUUGUAUAGAAUAUGCAACAAAGUUACACCAAGAAGGAAAUAUUGAUGUCUACAUAGAGUAUUAUUAAAAUAAAGCUGGUACAUAAUUAAUACCCUUUCUCAAUUAUAAGCCAUUGUAUUUUUGUGUUUUGUUUUAUGAUGUUAUCAGUGUUGAAUAAUGAUGUUCUUCGGUUGUUAUAUGUAACUAAUUAUGAGCUGCCAUUUACAUCCAUACAGUCGCAUGUAUUCAUUGUGUAAACACUAUUAUGAAGAUAUAUAUUGUGUUAACAUGCAGAAAUCUUUUUUUUCCUCUUAAAUAGUGAUGGAUCCUCACCACUGUAUAAGCACGUUAAACUGUGAGAUGUAGUUUGCUUAAAGCACCAAUGACAAGAAACUAUUAUAAAAUGUUAUAGUGUUAUUAGUAGUUUAGAGAAUGUCAACUUUUGUCAAGAAAGCGUGUGUGACAAAGAACUAUUUUAGAGUUUGCAUGUGCAUGUGUUUGGUGUUUGAAUGAAAUAUUAUUUUGUGCAAUGUAUACUUAUUUAAAUACUUUACAGUAGUUUGCUACCGUGCGUAUUGGUUUUAACAUUAUCAGCAACUUCUGAUUGUUAUAGAAGUAUUUCAUUUAGUGUAGCCUCUACGAAUAAUACAUAUUUACUGAAUGUAAUGUGUUAACACUUAUGUAGUCAAUUUAGAAAGUUAUAUUUGUAUUCUCUUUACUGUCUGUAUCACUCGAGAUGUUUGUGUUGCAAUAUUGUAAUAUUUGAUUUGGACAGAACACAGACAUGAGGUAGGGAAGACAAUGAUUUUUUUUUUUUUGGGAAACAAGGACAGUCAUGGUUUCGAGAGUAGACCACAGGUCUGUUUUUCAUGUCCAUGAAACGGCAUUCCAAAAUGUGCCUUAUUUGUUAGUUGGGAAAACAUUUUAGUGCUUUAGUGCUGUUGAGAGUUUGAUGAAUAAAAGUCAUAUUGAAUUAGGA